GUGAGUUAGUUUUCCAGGAUGCAUCAAAAUCCAGCCUGGGACAGUGUCAACAACGCUGCAGUUGUAUCGGAUGAAUCUGCAACCUCCUCCUUCGUAAUCAACACCAACCUAAACAAUAGACAAAUUGAACAAUAA